GGGGAGAGAGAAGAGCCGAGCUGCUUGUGACUGUUUCUCCUCAUUUGAACCGGUGUCAACAAACAACAACAACAGCCCCUCGUCCCUGCAGCGCCUCGACCACCACUAACCCUCAUAUUAACACCACUCAGACAAUAUCUGCUAAACGUCCAGGAAUCCAACCUUUCUCCCACCGUCGUCACAUCUGGACUCCUGGCCGUCCCGAGACGCUGGUGCUCGGCUGCAGCCCGGCUGCGGCGAACCUUCACCCAGGCUAACCGAGGCUAACCUGCAGGGAGACUUCUCAACGGGCCGAGGCGAGUUCCUAUCUUCCUGCUGAGGAGCCGGUGCUUGGAGCAGCAGCCUCCCCGUCAGGAGGACACCCUCGCAGGGGUGGUGGAGGAGGUAUGACUGCGUUGGCGGGGUCAAUAUCCAUGAUGAUGCGACCCACGCUGGCUCAGAACUACCCCCGCAGCGGCUUCCCACUGGAAGGUAAAGCAUCACACUGCCACGGGGAGCGGCUGGAGGUGCACACAGGACACUGGAUGUCCACCCCACUGGGUCAAGGCCGAGUCAACCAGCUCGGGGGAGUGUUCAUCAAUGGCAGGCCUCUGCCGAACCACAUCCGACAUAAGAUCGUGGAGAUGGCCCACCACGGCAUCAGGCCGUGCGUCAUCUCCCGGCAGCUCCGGGUCUCCCACGGCUGCGUGUCCAAAAUCCUGUGUCGGUACCAGGAGACGGGCUCCAUCAGACCCGGGGCCAUAGGAGGCAGCAAACCCAAGCAGGGAACAACACCGGACGUGGACAAGAGAAUCGAAGAUUACAAGCGGGAAAACCCGGGUAUGUUUAGCUGGGAGAUUCGGGAUAAAUUACUGAAGGAUGGGAUAUGUGACCGCAACAACGUGCCUUCAGUGAGCUCAAUCAGUCGCAUCAUGCGGAGUAAAUUUGGGGUUAAAGGCGAUGAGGAGGAGGAUGAGGAUGAGAUCGAGAGGAAGGAGUUGGAGGACCACGACCGCAGGGCCAAACACAGCAUUGAAGGCAUCCUGGGAGACAGAUCGAGUCACUCAGACGAGGGUUCGGACGUGGAGUCGGAGCCCGAUCUGCCACUAAAGAGGAAGCAGCGGCGCAGUCGGACCACCUUCACCGCAGAGCAGCUGGAGGAGCUGGAGAGGGCCUUCGAGAGGACACACUACCCAGACAUCUACACCAGGGAGGAGCUCGCCCAGAGGGCCAAACUCACAGAGGCCAGGGUGCAGGUGUGGUUCAGCAACAGGCGGGCAAGAUGGAGGAAGCAGGCAGGAGCCAAUCAACUGAUGGCAUUUAAUCACCUGAUCCCAGGGGGUUUCCCGCCUUCAGCCAUGUCCAGUAUCCCUCCCUACCAGCUCUCUGACAGCCCCUACCCCCCCUCAUCUAUAGCACAAGAGCCGCCCAGCACGGUGCAUCGGCCCCAGCCUCUGCCUCCCUCCUCGGGCCACCAGGCCUCUGGACCCGGAGGACAGGGUGACGGAGGCUCUGCCUACUGCCUCGCCUCUGGACGCCACUCCUUCUCAGGCUACUCCGACAGCUAUGUGGGCCCCGGAGGACCGGCCAAUCCCAUGAACCCCAGCUUAGGAAAUGGCCUUUCUCCACAGGUGAUGGGUCUGCUGAACCCAGGCGGCGUGCCACAUCAGCCCCAAAGUGACUACGGCAUCUCACCUCUGACGGGUGGCCUCGAGCCCCCUGCCGGCAUGGCCGCCAGCUGCAGCCAGCGCAUGGACCACAUCAAGGGCCUGGAGGGUCUGACCAGCGUUCCGUCCAUGUCCGCUCUGCCCUCCCUGCCCAGCUCCCAGUCCUAUUGCCCCCCCUCCUACAGCUCACCGGGCUACACUGUCGACCACGUCGCGUCCUACCAGUAUGGCCAGUACGGACAAAGUAAGGUGCCCUUCCUUAUCUGAGGCCUGAAAUCACCUGAUCAGAAGCUUCGGACAUUUGUGUGUACAGCCAUGGAAGCCGUGAAAAAAUCUGGACCAAACUUUUUACUGCCAUUUACCAAGACUAUGUUCUCCACUGUUGGACUUUGCAUGAUUAAUUCCCGGUGGAGAAAUGGACAAAGAAAAAAAAGCAAAGAAGGGACCACAAGAUGGAAUAUCAGACCAAAAACUGUUGAUUGACUGUGAACUUUGCUGCAUCAGUAUAGUCGAUGAGCAGCAGAGAUGUCAGGGACCAUCGACAGCGACCAAACUCCAUCUGUGGACUGCAGGGGUCUUUGUAAGGACAGCAAACCUAAAUCUAUCGUCACAGACUGCCGACGCUCGAAGGAACAUGUUUACAUAUCUUAGGGCCACAUGAGUUCAUAUGAAAUUCCACGUAUCUCCGACUUAAUCCCUGAAUUGUAUCUGCUGAAGGGCGAAAAGAAAAGGGCUUUGUUGAUUUUAUUGCAUUUAUUUGAGAUCUCUGCAUCCCACUCAUGGAGAUGAAUUCCAGAGAGAAAGAAAACAAAAAAACAAAUCUGUGGGUUUUAUUGUAUCUGAAACUCUAAUGUACACCACAUCUGUACUGCAGAGAUAGAGUUCAUUCAAACAUUCCUCCUAACCCCCUCCCUCCCCCGCUGUCUCCCUCUCUCUCUCUCCUCUCUGUCCUUCUGUCUCAUUGAUGUUUCGGACGGUGAGACGAGGAAUCCUGGGCCUUUUGUAGUUUUUAGAGCGGAGCUCGGAGAAGGUCAGGAGGUGACUUUAGGGAAAGUGACAGAUGAGAGAGCAGUGGAGGGCGGUGGCGGAGAAGUGGCUGUAAAGGCGUGGGUGGGGGAUAGGCAAGAUCGAUCACAAGGGUUGAAAAAAAAGAGAAAGAAAACCCUUUAAAGAUCCUCUCCUGGUAAGAAAAAGCCCCCAGGUCACAAGUCACGACCGAGAGACACUUGAGAGACGGAGAGAGUUUAGACUAAAGACGGCCACUCUCCCAGCUGACUAGACGUGCAAUAUCAUGUAUCUCAGAGUCAACCUCACCAUUAAAACAGUCAAACAAAAAAUGUCUUACGAAACGGUUACUCUGGAUCUAGUUUGUAACUCUGGAACAACACAUGUGCCUUGGGAGGCUCUUGGGUCCAAAACAAAUAGGAAACAUUGUUAAUGUUGCUGUAAUUGUACACCGAGGGGACCACAUUUGUGAGGACUUAAGCGUCAUGAGGAAAAGAGCAAAUUGAGGGAAUAGCUAUGUAAACAGAAAAUGACCAGGAAUGACAAAGCCAAAAAAGUAUUUUUUAAAUGUUUUGUGUUGCUCUGGACCUUUUUUGUUUCCAUUUUGAAAAAAAGUUGGAUGUAAAAAAAGAGUGUUCUGAUGCAUUGUGGACAUAUUUAUCAUCACAGACGUAUUGUGUGUCAGCAGUGUCGUUCUCCACGUUGUACAAGUGACAAACAAACUUAAUUCAUCAAGUGCCUUCACGAGCGCUCUUGUUUUGUCUAUGUUAGAGUGAAGCAGCCCUUUCAUUUCUUUGAUAUAUUUUUUGUAUUAUUUGACAAAGCGAUGUGACAUAUGUCAUGUGUACAAGCGCAUUAUCUCUACUAUUUAUAAUAAAAUCAAAAUUCUGAAAA